AUGUCUUGCAAGCACGUUGACUCGCCAGAUCUGCGUCCUCCAGGCCCAAACCAGUCGGUCUAUCGGGAAGACUGCACAGAAUGCUUCGACUCGAUUGAUGAUCUGACCGGUUUGGAUGUCUGUCUUUACUGCUUCAACGGCGGAUGCACUGGAGAGAGAAAGCAUGCAGCGCUCCAUUAUGCGACCAAGAACCACCCCUUGGCAUUGAAUAUUCGCCGGACCCGAAAAGUUAUUGUUCGUGACGAGCCACCACAAAAGAUGUCUAGACUGGCCAUCGCAGCCGAAACCGAGGCGGAUCGAUACAACUAUGAAACAACCGUUCGGUGUUAUGAAUGUGAUGUUGAGAAUGUGGAUAAAUCGGCUGGCAAGCUUCCUGCGAUGAUCGAGUCGGUCAUGAAGGCGAACACAUUUUCAAGACAAGAGGAAGUGAAGGCAUGGGAACAAGAGUUCACAACUUGCGAGCAUAUUCUUACUCUCCAGCAAGAACCUGCAAAGCAAAUCCAGUCUCAGGACCUUGGUCAUUGUUCGUUAUGUGAUCUGCAGGAAAACCUCUGGCUCUGCCUGCAGUGUGGCAACCUUGGCUGUGGUCGUGCACAAUUUGGGGGGCUUCGCGGUCAUUCCCACGCUUUAGAGCAUAAAACCGGCACAGGGCAUGCGGUAGCCGUCAAGCUAGGAUCUAUUACGCCGGAUGGAACUGCCGAUGUCUACUGCUAUCAGUGCGAUGAGGAGCGACUAGAUGAUGACCUUGGCCGCCAUCUUGCUCAUUGGGGAAUUAUCCUUGCUGAGCGGCAAAAGACUGAGAAGAGCCUGACGGAGAUGAAUGUAGAGGAGAAUUUACGUUGGGAGUUUUCUAUGACUGAUGAGGCUGGCCAGGAACUAAAGAAACUAUUUGGCCAAGGUUUCACCGGUCUGAAGAACCUUGGGAAUAGCUGCUAUAUGGCCAGUACUCUGCAAUGUCUUUUUGCGCUCCCUCAAUUUCAAACGCGCUAUGCCCUUCCGCCGUCGGAGAUGCCUACUGUUGAAGAGCCAGCGUCAGAUCUGGAGACGCAACUUCGCAAAUUAGCUGAUGGGUUGUACUCUGGGCGUUAUUCACAUUCCGACGCCGACAUCACCUCAUCCGACAAUUCUGCCGAUGUUGCCUACCAGAAGGGUCUUGCACCAGCUAUGUUAAAGCAUCUCAUUGGGAGAGGCCACUCGGAGUUCUCAACGAUGCGUCAACAGGACGCUUUCGAAUUUCUCCUUCAUGUUUUCAAGCUCAUUACUCGCUCUAAACAUAUUGCGCCUUUGCAAGACCCCACUCAAUCUUUUCGCUUUGUCAUGGAGCAGCGUUUGCAGUGCCUCAAUUGCAAGAAGGUCCGAUACAGGAGCGAUGAACAAGAUAAUAUCUCAAUUCCGGUUCCGAUCCGCCGGAUUCCCCAGCAAAGUGCAGAAUUGCAGGGCGAUGGAGACAAGAAGGUGGACGAGUACCAAUCGGUCACCUUGAAGGAAUGUCUGGACAGCUUCACAGGCGAAGAGCGUGUGGAACUUACGUGCUCCGCUUGUGGCAGCAAGGAUGGAUUUUCAAAGAGAUCGCUUUUCAAAACAUUCCCGGAGGUGCUAGCUGUAAAUGCUCGACGAUUCGUGCUUAUCAACUGGGUCCCUACCAAGGUCGAUGUGCCAGUCGUUGUUGGCGAUGAGCCCUUCCUUCUUGAUGAUUACAAGUCGCCAGGACACCAGCCUUCUGAGGAGCUACUUCCAGAUGAUGAAAGCGACAAUAAGCCCGUUUUCUCUGCCAACCAGGAGGCUCUGCUACAACUAGAGGGCAUGGGCUUCCCACGUAACCGUUGCGAGAAGGCUCUCCAUGCUACUGGAAAUACAGAUGCGGAUACAGCGAUGGAGUGGCUAUUCGCUCAUAUGGAAGAUCCGGACAUUGACGCACCUUUGGACCUCGGUGGUGCACAAGCAGCUUCUGGCGCGGUAGACCCUGACAAAAUCGAAAUGCUCGGCGCAAUGGGAUUUGGCCCGCCACAGGCACGUAAAGCUCUAAAAGAAACCGGCGGAGAUGUGGAGCGAGCUGUUGAAUGGCUGUUUAGCCAUCCAGAUGACCAGGGAGAAUUCGAAGACGAUACCGCCGCAGCAAGUGAAUCAGCCCCGAAAGACACCCCAGGUAGCAGCGAGCUACCCGCCAAAUUCCAACUACAAUCCAUAAUCUGCCACAAAGGAGCUAGUAUUCAUGCAGGGCAUUACGUCGCCUUCAUUCGUAAAUCUAUUCCCGGUGAAGAUACGCCAGCAUGGGUUCUAUACAACGAUGAAAAGGUUGUCAAGGCGCUUGAUAUCGAGGAAAUGAAGAAAUUUGCGUACGUGUACUUCUUUCAACGCAUUUGA